GAGCCGGCUCCGCGGUCGCGGCCCCGCAUUGCGCGCGCUGGGAGCGCCCCCGUCCCCGGCAGCGCAGCCUCCGGCGGCGGCGCCCGCUACUGCGCAGGCACCACAGGAAGCGCUCUGCCUCGCCCCUGUCCCCCAGGUCCCCGCCUUGCCCCCAGGUCCCCGCGGGCGCCGGGUUCCGCGGGCGCCGGGUUCCGCGCCCUGCAUAGGAGACGCGGCGACGGCGGCGGCCCUAUGAGAUGAUAGCAUCCCAGUUAGCGGAUGAAGAAAGCCAGGCUCAGACAAGUGAAGGCACGUGUCCAGGAUUGUACAGCUGGUGACAGGCAGAUUCAGGUUUAUAUCGAGUCUGACUCCUGAAGGGCUUUGCUUAAUUGUCAGGCGAUCUGGAGAGCCUAAGUCUGAAGACUUGCCAGGAACCCUGAUUGCUGUCCUUCAACGUGUUCAUUAUGAAGUUUUUAGUAAUACUUUUGUUUUCUGGACUUAUAACGGGUUGUAGAGGUAACGCCUCCUAUAAUUUGCCACCCAAGUUAUUACUGGUGUCGUUUGAUGGCUUCAGAGCUGACUAUCUGAAGAACUAUGAAUUUCCUCAUCUCCAGAACUUUAUCAAAGAAGGUGUCUUGGUAGAGAAUGUUAAAAAUGUUUUUAUCACAAAAACGUUUCCAAACCACUACAGUAUUGUGACGGGUUUAUAUGAAGAAAGUCAUGGCAUUGUGGCUAAUUCCAUGUAUGAUGUAGUCACAAAGAAACACUUUUCCGACUCUAAUGACAAGGAUCCUUUUUGGUGGAAUGAGGCAGUCCCUAUUUGGGUGACCAAUCAGCUUCAGGAAAACAGAUCAAGUGCUGCUGCUAUGUGGCCUGGUACUGAUGUACCCAUUCAUAAUACUGUACCUUCCUAUUUUAUGAAUUAUAGCUCCUCAGUGUCAUUUGAGGAGAGACUAAACAAUAUUACCAUGUGGCUAAACAAUUCGAGCCCACCAGUCACCUUCGCAACACUCUAUUGGGAAGAACCAGAUGCGAGUGGCCACAAAUACGGACCCGAAGAUAAAGAACACAUGCGCAGAGUGUUGAAAGAAGUAGAUGAUCUUAUUGGCAAAUUAGUCCAAAAACUCAAGAUGUUAGGAUUGUGGGAAAAUCUGAAUGUGAUCAUUACAAGUGAUCAUGGGAUGACCCAGUGUUCUCAGGACAGAGUGAUAAAUUUGGAUCUCUGCAUCGAUAAUUCAAGCUACACUCUCAUAGAUUUGAGCCCAGUUGCUGCAAUACUUCCCAAAAUAAAUAGAACAAAAGUUUAUAAUGUACUGAAAAACUGUAGCACUCACAUGAAUGUUUAUCUCAAAGAAGACAUUCCUAACAGAUUUUAUUACCAACAUAAUGAUAGAAUUCAGCCUAUUAUUUUGGUUGCUGAUGAAGGCUGGACAAUUGCGCUCAAUAAAUCAUCACAAAAAUUAGGUGACCAUGGUUAUGAUAAUUCUUUGCCUAGUAUGCAUCCGUUUCUAGCUGCCCACGGACCUGCAUUUCACAGAGGCUACAAGCACAGCACAAUUGACAUUGUGGAUAUUUAUCCAAUGAUGUGCCACAUCCUGGGAUUAAAACCACAUCCCAAUAAUGGGACCUUUGGUCGUACGAAGUGCUUGUUAAUUGACCAGUGGUGCAUAAAUCUCCCAGAAGCCAUUGGGAUUGUUAUCGGUGCACUCUUGGUGUUAACGACGCUAACAUGCCUCAUGAUAAUUAUGCAGAAUAGACUAUCUGUACCCCGGCCAUUUUCCCGACUUCAGCUACAAGAAGAUGAUGAUGAUCCUUUAAUUGGGUGACAUGUGCUGGGGUUUAUACAAAUUGUCUUUGAUUAAUCACAAAACUAAGGCUUCAUCCAAGGAAUAGUGUUGCAACUAUGAAAAAGGAUACUUUGAAAGACAAAGAACUUAGACCAAGCAUGCUAAAAUUAUUUUGUUUUGUUUUUCCUUGUGUUUUGUUUUGGUGCAUUUGCUAAAGCAAAUAAUCCUAACCAUAGUAAAAUUGCUAGUAAAUCAUUAGUUAACCCCAUCUAUUUCUCUAACUAGAAAUAGUUUUUGAGAAAAAUAUUCCCUUUGGCUUUUUUUGCACUGAAGAUAUGAUACAUCUUUAAAUGAAAAUAUACCAAAAUUUCAUAGGCAUGCUUUUCUAAUAAAUUUAUAUAUUUGUAAACAAAACAACAGAAGUCUUGAUGCAAUUCGUGAAUUUUGUGUAUCAGGGAGAAAAAGUUUUCUAUAUUUUUAUAUUUACCUCUAAUUAGUUUAUAUCCCAAGUAACCUCUUGAGAUAGGAAAUUCUCUGUGAUGGUUAAUAAAAUUGAUUAACCAAGCAGAAAAGAUCUAGCAUAGGAAGAAAUUAUUUUAAGGAAAGCUAUUAAAAAAUAAAAAACAACUAAGACCAUGCGAUAAAAGCCUGAAUUGUCACCAUUGCGUCUUAAGCUGUUGGAAUCUCAAAAGUUGUAUCUUUUGAAGGUUAUUACAAAUAAGAAAUUCAGAAGACAAUAGAGAAAAGCGCUUUUUCCAUUUGUGCUCAAUGCCUUUGUGUAAAUUACUUAGUUGUGUGUGCGUGUGCAAGUGUGUUUGUGUGUAGGUGUGUAACUUAUUAUGGAAGGAGGUCAAAGGUGGGCUGUGGCCAGGCUUCCACAUUCCCACGGAACACAGCUCUCAGGAAAGGUUAGUUUUGCACUUCAUAUUUGUUAACUUUCUCCUAAGUCACAAGUUAAAAUCAUAACUUAAAAAAUUCAUUAAUUUUUGUUAUCAUUUGCAUAUGUUGUUUAUUGUAACCUUAGGUAUCCAAGUGCUGUAGAAAAAUUUAUGACCUGAGUACAGAUCUGAUUUUGAUUGGGUCAGAGUGAGGAACAGAGAUUUUUGUAUUUAUUUUUGGAACUUUAUGUCUUACUUUUUAGGCUAGAGAGUAGUUACGAAAUUUAAAACGUAAAUUAGUACCCUUUGAUCUUUCCCACCAUUCAUGCAUUAAGUAGCAGAAUAGCCUUAGUGCUGCCUCUGCUGCUUUUUUUCCUCUAAUAUUUGGAUCACAGAAAUAAUCACUCUGCUUAUGUCUUUUAACAUGUUUGUUCAAAGCCAAGGAUUUGUUGUGAAGAACUGUCAUCCUGCUUUUGCUAGGUAGUACCUUCUAAUCAUCAAAAUUAAUAUGAAGAAAUUGAAUUGUUAUGGCAAACUAGAUUUUGUAUUGAGUCGCUGCUAAUUUCUUGAGCCUGGUAUUUGGUGCCUGUUGUAUUUGGGGUUCUUGAGAGGCAUUUCCACAUCCUGCAUAAAUAAUCCAUGCUACUGGUCAUGAGCUGACUGUAUUGAGAACAGCAAAAUAAAUAAAUGAGAUAAAACCAAUAGGACUAAUACUGCUUUUUGGAAAUUUUUUAUUUCUGAUUUUUUCCCUCACAUAAAACAGUUAUCCUAAAGGUUAAUAGUUGAUUUCAAUAAUAUAAUAGAAAAGUUCCAUUCUACUUUAAUUUCCAUUAAGGAAAAAAAAAGAAUAGAAUUGACAGAUUUAAGUCUUUUUUUAUUUUUUAUUUUUUUUGUAGUGGACAUUUUUGAAGUGUCUAAAAUACUAGGAUAUUGUAUACUUGGUCCUUGCAGUGGUGUGUUUUAGUGAUUGCAUUAGCUUAAUUGGUGAUUAUGAGUUUCAGAAGUGUGUAUAUGGCGUCCAGCCCAUGAGUGGAUUUUAGAUAGGAUGAAAUAGGAAGAGAUAUCGUCAGUGUCUUAGCCCUUUCCACAAGACAUUUACCUAUUUGUCUUGUCUUUCCUUCCAUUCUCAAAAUAUUAACUUUGAAUUAGGUAAAUUUUUAAAAGUAUAUGUUGUUGGGAUAAGAACAAAUAGUAUUUAUUUAAUCAAAGUAUAAUUUAUAUAUUACUAUGUUGAACUUUGUAUUAAUUCAUUUGUAUCUUUAAGAAAACUAUCACUAUUAAAGCCAAUGACUCCUGUAGAACACUGAGAAAAUCUUUUAGUAAAACUAGCCUUUUAUAUUAUGUUUUUGGUGUGUAUUUCGUUAAGUGAUUAAAUAAUAUGCUGCUAUGUUUUCUGUGAAAGUAUUUGGCUCCAAGAAACAUUUAAUUCUUUAUGACAACAAUACUCCAUGGUAAUAGGAAAAAUUUUGAGUGUUUUUUCUUAAUUCAGUGAGUUAAUUCGGAAUAAGUACUUUUGCGUAUGACACAAGGAUAGUUCUGCUGCUGUUAUUAAUGUACCAGUUCCCUUCUGGUAAACAGCAGUAGAAUAAAAAAUGUUUCAAUGCUCUGUGCUAUAGGCUUUGUAUUGUUAUUCCAUUAGGCUUGGUAUAAGAAUUUGCAGAUAAGUUCUUGGAACAUUCAAAGAUUAAAGUACCUUUGCAUUGUUCUUGAGCGUCUCCCUCUCUUGCCCACAUCCGAUGAGCUCUAAGGAUUGCACCUAAUUCCUUUUAUUUGGAGGGUUUCACUUCAUUGUUAACCCAUAAAGUUACAAGUGAAGCACAAAGAUGAGAUGAAAAAUGUUUGUUUAUUGUCAAUUUUUAAAAUAGUGUGUAAAUAAAAUAAUGUGAGUAUGCUUUAAAGGAAUUUGUAUGUAGUGCCUUAAGUUAAAAUGUAUUUAAACUAUAUUGUUUGAAUUCAUGGUUAAUGACUUUAUGAUUUAAAAAUUUUAUGUGAAUAAAAGCUACCAAAACAUUCUUCCUGUAA